AUGCCAGUGACUAAACUGGGUCUACCACUGGGUCUUUUGCUUCUGUUGUAUUUAUCAGUAGUUGUCAGCACCUCAUUGGACAAUAGCUGUUGGAGACUGGGUGAUUUUAACUCACCAGCACUGGAACAGGAUGGUGAUAUUGUAAUUGGAGGGCUGUUUCCCUUGCACUACAUAGCUCCAGAGCCUGACCACACAUACUCUGAGCUGCCACAGCAUCAAGAGUGCAGCGGGUUUGACUUUCGUGCAUUCCGGUGGAUCCAAACUAUGGUGUUUGCCAUUGAAGAAAUUAACAAUAACUCAGUUUUGUUACCAGGAGUGACACUAGGUUAUCGGAUCUUGGAUAGCUGUGAUCAUGUCCAUACCAGCCUGCGGAGUGCACUGUCCCUAGUAAAUGGCUCCUCCAGUCAAACGCAAGUUACUACUGCUGGCAGUUCUAAAUGUUUUUCCACAGCCCCGGUGCCAGCUGUCAUCGGUCUUGCAUCAUCUUCACCUACACGGGCCGUGGCACAAACUUUUGGUCCAUUUGGAAUUCCACUGAUAAGCUACUUUGCGACUUGCACAUGUCUCACAGACAAGAAGGAGUACCCUUCUUUCCUUCGUACUGUCCCAAGUGAUGUAUUUCAGGUGCAGGGACUGGUUCAGUUGGUUUCCCACUUUGGCUGGCGCUGGGUGGGCACAGUGGGCACAGAUGACGACUACAGUCACUAUGGCAUCCAGGCCUUUACCGAGCAGCUUAAUCGACGUGGAGGCUGUAUAGCCUUUCACCACACUAUACCCAAAGCAUAUUCCCAGGCAAAAAUUCAUUCAAUUGUUAAUAACUUGGAGAGUUCCACUGCACGGGUGAUUAUAGCAUUUGCCACUGAAGGACAACUGCUUGAUCUCCUGGUUGAGGUGGCUCGUAGGAACCUGACACGGUGGCAAUGGGUGGCCAGUGAAGCCUGGGUGACAGCCAAACUGCUCACUGUCCCUGAGCUUCACUCUGUUCUAGCUGGAACACUGGGUUUUGCCUUCAAGGGCACUACCAUUCCUGGCUUGGCUGAGUUUCUCCUAAGUGUAAAGCCCUCACCUAGACCUGAGUAUGUUUUUACAAACAUGUUUUGGGAGGAGCUUUUUGGAUGCAGACUUGGUUAUGAGAACAAAGGUGAUUCUGAGUUGGCACAAUGUACUGGCUCAGAAGAUCUAAUGGACAUUAAGAAUAGCUACACUGAUGUAUCACGGGUGAGGAUUUCCUACAAUGUCUAUAAAGCAGUGUAUGCUAUUGCCCAUGCUCUACACCAACUGUUACAAUGUGAUUCCGGAGCACAAAGCUCAUAUCACAAAUUCUGUAAUGCUGAGUCAAAAUUUUCUCCAUGGCAGCUUCUUCACUACCUGAAGAAAGUUAAUUUUACCAACCAGUUUAAAGAGAAGGUGUAUUUUGACAAGAAUGGAGAGCCUGUGCCCCUCUAUGACAUCAUAAACUGGCAGAGAGAUGGCCAAGGUGCCAUCCAGUUUCAGAUGGUGGGCAGCUAUGAUGGCUCUGCCCCACAGGGGCAGCAGCUUAAGAUAGAUAUGGGAUCAAUUCAGUGGGCUGGGGGACAAACUGAGGUCCCUUCUUCCUUAUGCACCCCUUCUUGCCCCCCUGGAACACGGCAGGCCACUCGCCCAGGGCAACCUAUUUGCUGCUUUGACUGUUUGCCCUGUGCUGAAGGGGAAAUCAGCAAUAUCUCAGGUGCUACUGAGUGUAUCGCGUGUCCCCAGUACUACUGGCCAAACAAAGAAAGAGUUUCCUGUCUUGCUGGCAUAGAGGAGUUUCUCUCCUACCAUGACAUCAUGGGCAUCAUUCUCAUUUGUCUGUCUCUCUUUGGAGUCGCAGUGGCAACUGUUAUUACAGUGAUUUUUUUCAUUUUUCGAAGCACACCCAUAGUUAAGGCCAACAACUCUGAGAUGAGCUUUCUACUGCUGCUGUCUCUCAAACUUUGCUUUCUUUGCUCUCUGGUAUUUGUGGGCCGUCCCUCACCAUGGACAUGCCGCACCCGGCAGGCUGCAUUUGGUGUUAGUUUUGUACUUUGUAUCUCAUGCAUACUGGUCAAGACAAUUGUGGUGCUCUUAGCCUUUCGCUCCACUAUGCCUGGUUCCAGUUCCUUAAAGUUAUUCAGCCCUCCACAGCAAAGGGCCUUCAUUUUCUGCUGCACAACGGGUCAAGUUAUUCUAUGUGCUUGCUGGCUGGCACUAGCACCCCCUUACCCUUAUAAAAACACAUCCUAUCAGGGUGGUAAGAUUGUACUAGAAUGUAAAGACGUGUGGCCACUUGGAUUUUACAUGGUGCUGGGCUAUAUUGGAUUGCUUUCUUGUAUGUGUUUUGCCCUUGCCUUCCUUGGACGGAAACUUCCAGAUACAUUUAAUGAAGCUAAGCUCAUCACCUUUAGUAUGCUCAUCUUUUUUGCAGUAUGGAUAUCCUUCAUACCAGCAUACAACAGCUCACCAGGGAAGUACACGGUGGCUGUUGAGAUAUUUGCCAUUCUUGCUUCCACUUUUGGACUUCUGUUUUGUAUUUUUGUACCUAAAUGUUACAUAAUUCUGCUGAGGCCUGAUUUAAACACUAAGAAGGCAAUGACUGGAAAAAUGACUAAAUGA